UCGCCGCAUACUCCGUACAAUCGCCACCAUCGCUCUCAUCGACUCGCGCUGCACACACAAGGAACAUUCACCACUACCCUGCUUGUCUGGGAUUUCUCCCACAAUCCAUCCUCCAUCAUGGCGAACUAUCUCGCCUCCAUCUUCGGAACCGAGCAGGACAAGGUAAAUUGCAGUUUCUACUACAAAAUCGGCGCCUGCCGCCACGGCGACCGGUGUUCGCGCAAACACGUCAAGCCCUCUUACAGCCAGACCAUCCUGCUCCCCAAUCUCUACCAGAAUCCGCAGUACGAUCCCAAGAACAAGAUGACCCCCGCGCAAAUGCAGCUGCACUUUGACGCUUUCUACGAGGACAUCUGGUCCGAGCUGUGCAAGUAUGGCCUCGUGGAGGAGUUGGUGGUCUGUGAUAACAACAAUGAUCAUUUAAUCGGCAACGUCUACGUUCGAUUCAAAUACGAAGAAGAUGCGCAAAAAGCCUGCGACGCACUCAACUCGCGCUGGUACGCCGGCCGCCCUAUCUACUGCGAGCUCUCCCCUGUUACCGACUUCCGGGAGGCAUGCUGUCGGCUGAACAGCGGCGAGGGUUGCGUUCGUGGAGGAUUCUGCAACUUCAUACAUCGCAAGGAACCCAGCCCGGAACUGGAGCGCGACCUGGAUAUGGCGACGAGGAAGUGGUUGCAGGAGAGGGGAAGAGACCCGCGGAGUAUGAGCAGGAGUCCGACGCCGCCGCCGAAGAGGUUCUAGACGGAUUAGAAGGUGCGGAACGGGAUAAGGGUUAUCGGCGUUGGGCGCUUUGACAUCUGUUGAUGGUAAUGGGCUUGCGACCGGCGUUUGGGCAUUUGCAGGGCGCCUUUGGAAGGUUCUGUACAUGUACAUGGGCAGGAAACUGUUACCAGCUAGACAUGAGUGUCGUUCGCAUUAAACGGCAUUAGUCAUCUAAAAGCCUUGAGGGUUACAAGACACUCGAAGAUCGCUGUUCGUAUCUCUAUGGCAGAUUCUGGUCUAAGAAACCAAGGAGGCCAAGGGAGCAUCGCCGUUGGUGAUGAACUUGACGAAGUCGGGGACCGGAUCAUACAGCAUGACAUGGAAGUGCUCAACCGCAUGGACGC